UCUUCUGUAGUGUGCAGCUGAUGUCGACUGUGCUCGUAGCCUUCCUUUUAGAAAUGGACGCCAGACUUUGUAGUUGACGUUUAAUCCGCUCCUUCGAACUCUACGCGUUUCUCUAGGGGUAUUCCCUUAACAUCCCCUAACAUUCAUUUGGUCGUUUUACUGGACGUGACAAGGACGCAGCAUGAAGAUCAUCGUGGGCAUCGGAGGUGUAACCAAUGGAGGAAAGACAACCCUCACCAACAAACUGAUUAACACUUUGCCAAACUGCUGUGUGGUACACCAGGAUGAUUUUUUCAAGCCCCAAGACAAGAUAGAAGUUCAAGAUGGAUUCAAACAGUAUGAUGUUAUCACAGCCUUAGAUAUGGAAGCUAUGAUGAGUACGAUUGAUGGCUGGUGGAAAGAUCCUGCUAAAUUUGAGCGCUCGCAUGGGAUCAACAAUGCAUUAGACUCCGAGACACCACAAGAUACCGAGAACCAUGAAAGCCUUCAUAUUCUUAUUGUAGAAGGAUUUCUCCUUUACACCUACAAACCACUUAUUGAUCUGUUCACCAAAUGCUAUUUUCUUUCUGUACCCUAUGAUGAAUGCAAGAGUCGAAGGAGCUCAAGAAACUAUACCGUUCCAGAUCCACCGGGACUGUUUGAUGGCCAUGUUUGGCCUAUGUACAUAAAGCACAAACAUAUAAUGGAAGAAUUAAAUGUUAAUGUCGAGCAACUGGAUGGGACAAAUACCAGGGAAGAAUUGUUCAACAGAGUGUAUGGUGACAUGCUGGAUCUUAUAAACAGCAAGGAAUGACUGAGAAGAACAAGUGGCCUUUAUGAAUGAUUGUUGAUGCCUUUUUGAAUUUUAACUUAUCACCUGCUUUUCUAUUUUUGCAUAUAAAGAUCGUUUUUUUUUUUUCAUCUGAUUUCUUAACAAGUUGCUCUUCAGUGAAUGAGAAUUAUUUAAAUAAACUAUGGCUGCAAGUGUAAGCUAAA